AUAAUAAAACUUGCAAUAAAUAUCAUCAUAGUUCUUUACAAUACAAACAUUCUAAUCAAUCAAGUAACAAAACUGAUCCUUAUAAAAUUGAAUCUUCUAAAACUGAACCUUUAAUACAAAAAGAAAUGUCAAAACAAUUAUAUAAGAAAAUUUUAACACUAAAUACAAAUAAAUAUUUAGAAAAUAAUUUGUUAGAUAUAGAUUUUAAAUGUGAACUCUUAAUUGAUAUAAUAUAUAAUGAUCUAAAAAUAUUAUUCAAGACAAUUGCUGAGUUAAUUGAUAAAAGUAAUAGAUAUUAUUAUAUAUUCAAAAAUUCUUAUAAUUCAAAAAAACAUCUGAUAUCUCAAGCUUCUG